AACCCCAAAUUAUCCAUAUCUCCAAUGCUUUCUAACAAUGGCUUCCAAGAGGAAGCGAGAGAGAGAAGAGAGAAAUGGCUAUGGCGAAGAGCUUGAUUCUGUAUCUGAACGUGGCGAUUUCAAAGAAAGAAAAACAGAGGAGCAAUAGCAAUGGCAAUGGCAAUGGCAGCAGCCCUAACUUUUCUUCCAUAGAAAGCUCGCUUGCUGUGGGUGGUGGGCCCUCCUUCUCCAACCACAACUGUCACCUAUUUCUUCCACUUUCACCCAACACCCAUCACCAUUUUUUUCCUUUCCCUUUUCUCUUUCUCUUUCCUUUUCUCUCUUUCACCUCACCAUUGUCAAUUCUUCCUCCUUCCUUUUUUUUUUCCUCCCUCUUUUUCCAUGUCUUUAAUGGCGGCCAAUAUGCGAAUUCUACGCCAAAAGCUAAAGGGUCGGUGUUAGAUAAGCAUCCGGUCCUCAUUUUUAUUGGUUGUCAAGAGAGAUGCCUACAUUUUAAAAAGCUUUGUUGUUGUUUUUGUUCUUCGUCCGGUCGGUGGAAUUCAUUAAAUUUUUGGACAUGGGGGGAGAGGGGAUGGGAUUGUUUGUGUGUUCUAAACUGGAGCGAGAUGUUUUGGAAUUUCUAUGAUGGAUUUGGUCUCCAGUGUAUUUGGUUUAGUCUCUAGCGAUUGGAGUUUUAUUUAGGGUGUCUAAUCGCAUUUUGUUAAGACCUUUUGAAUCAGUUCGAGAUAGAGGACGAUUUGUGAAUUGUGAUGAGUUUGAUCGAAACUGAAACAGAAAUCGUGAAAUUGAGAUUGUACUGACUCUGAGAAUUUGGGGUUUAAUGGUUUUGAUCAAUUUCUGAUAAGAAGAAAUUGAGGAAAAGCAAUUAUGAACCAUUUGCGAUCAUGAUUUUUCUUUCUUUUGGGGGAGGAGAUAAUGGUCCCUCACUUGUCUUUUCUUUCAAGUUAAUUCCGAAUCUCUCGAUAUUCUAAGAUUUUGAUGAAUUUCUGUGCACGUCAUAACGCUCUGAUUUGAUACCUUGCCAUCGCAAGAAGCUGUGAUCGAAUUUGGCUGUGUUUCUCCCGAUUUAUCAUCUGAAUUCCAUGUCUGUUCUUCGCUAUGCUGGAUUUCUAAGGGUCUGUACUGGAGAGUUCAUGCAGCCAUAUUAGAGAAUAAAAUUUUGGACGGAAUUUUUUAAGUAAAUGGCGAAGAAGUCCAAGAGAAUUACGGUUCGUUAUGAGAAAGAUCAGUCAGGAUGUAUGUGGGGUUUGAUUAGUUUAUUUGAUUUCCGCCAUGGUCGCACCUCCAGGAAGUUAUUAGCCGACAAGAAGCAUCCGAGUAGGCAAACUGUUGGUAAUGGAAAUUCAAGAAACAAGUUUGAGAUUUUGGCUAAUCUGGAUGAAGAUUGUAGUUCUACUCUGGACAUUGAAGAACGUAAGAGAUUGGAGAUUGGAAAGCCAAGUGUAAAGAAACUCAUAGAAGAGGAAAUGUUCAACGAGCAGGACUCAAGGAAGAUCGAAUACGAACACCCAGGCCACUUAAAGACGUCAGAAUCGAAAAAAACGAAGAAAAGUCGCAAAAAAAGCCAUGACAUUGAUGCUGAUUCCUUUAAUUCUUCUGAGUAUUCAAAGGGACAAAGUGUUGAUAAUCUUCCUGUUGAUGCGAUGUUAAAGGAGAUCUACAGUCAGAUCCAUCGGAAGAGCACAAGUGAAAUGAAAUUAGACCCAGACGACAAUGAAGAUAUGCAAUCAAAUGAGUACAUUGCUGAAUUAGAGCAAAAAGUGGUGGAUGCGAUCAAGGAAUAUUUAGGCCAGAAGUUUAAUAUUGGGAAAGAUUUCACUGAAAUUCAGAAAGUUCAACAUUCAAGAGAGAUCAUGGAAGCUCUUCAGAUUCCCCAUUCUGACGACGAGCUGUUUGUAGAACUUGCACAAAACCCAAACUCCGUGUUGUUGAAAUACAUUAGAAGUUUGCAUGACAUGUCGACGGAAAGAGGUGAGGAACCCAAGUCACACGAGUUCAGUGAAGUUAGGCCGUCCGAGGAGCUUGUUGAUCAUAAACAACGAUUAUUUUUCAGGAGAAAAGUCAAGCAUCGGGGUAGGAACUUAUCAAGAGAGAAUGAAAAUUCUGACAAGUCGAGUAAAAUCGUAAUCCUGAAGCCAGGGCCAAAAGGUUUAUUGAAUUCUGAGGCUGACACCAUUCAUCCAUCAGUCCAAGUUCCUACUGCUAAUGAUAAAAGGAAAGUGCUGAAUGAGAGGGUCAGUUCUAACUUUUUUCUUUCUGAAAUCAAGAGGAAGUUUAAAUAUGCUAUGGGAAAAGAUCACCACGAACUCGCUGCUAAUGGUUCAGAUAGAAUUCCUAGUGAUCAUCACUCUGAGCGGGAGAGUGAAAAGAGUGUCAUUAAAGAAAACGGUGCAAGAAAUUCUACUAGUAAGGACCACUUUUUUAUUGAAAGAAUUUCCAGACCUUCCACUGAUGGCACGAGAGGAGAGAAGGCUGGAAAACUCAAAAGCUUGGAAAUAAAUCAAGAUUUGGGAAAUAUUUAUACCAAUAGAAGAAGCCCUUCUAAUAUUUAUGUCGAGGCAAAGAAACAUCUUUCUGAGAUGCUUAGCAGUGGGGAUGAAAGUGUAGAUUUUUUAAGGGGACAUGUCCCUAAGACCCUAGGACGAAUUCUCUCUCUUCCUGAGUAUAAUUUUUCUCCUAUUAACAGUCCUAGAAGGGACUGCAAGCUCAGCCCAGUAACUUCAGAGAAGAGAAUUUCUUCUAGUAGCAGACUUUUAAGUGUUAAUGAAAGUAUGCCAUCGUUCAGGGGCGAAAGUAAUGAUAUACCAAUCAGUCCAGGAAAAUCUCCGUUGUGCAUUUCUGACAGUACCCCAAAUGCUGUGCAGCCUCCAAUUGACGAUAACCAUAAUAUUAACAGGGAUCUAGUUGAUCAAAGUAUAAAAGAAGAAGCCGUGAGUGCUAGUACUAAUGGAAAGAUUUCUGAAGGUGAUAUUGAGUCUCUAAAAGCAAAUGAAAUUGCAGUUCAUGAGGAGAGAAGUUUUUUGGAGGCUCCCUCUGAAUCAAUUGAAACUUCUCUUUCCAGAGAAGAUCAGGAUGGUGAAAUGCCUGAUGCAUGCAAUUAUAUAAGUGUUUCUGAUGUUCCAUCUGAUCCAGUUGCCUCUCCCCCUAUCAGAGAAGAUCAUAACAAUGAGACACCAGAUAUGCUCGUUGAGGAACCUUCGAUAAGCUUGCCUCAAGAUCAAGGUUUGUCUGAAGAAAACCAAUCGCCUCCAUCUCCCUCGGCAUCCCAUUCUACUUCGGUUACUCCUGGAAAGGGCGUUGGAGAUUUAGACGGCGGUUCUGAUGUUCCAGAGAGGCCGAGCCCUGUUUCAGUUCUUGAGCCACUAUUUAUAGAUGAUAACAUGAGCCCAGUGCAUGCCAUGUCUCGGCCUGCAGGUUUACCAAUACAACCAGUUCAUAUUGAAUUUGAUGAUCGUGAACCUGUGGAAAGCGAUAAAGCUAACAUUCCAAAAUCGUUGAAGGAAGAUAAGGAAGUGAUUUUUGACUAUGUAAAGGCAGUGUUGUCAGCAUCAGGCCUUACCUGGAACCAGAUCUGUGUAAGGUGGCUUUCUUCAGAACAGCUUCUUGACUUGUUACUAAUUGAGGAGGUAGAUCUUUUCCCGAACCAGCUAUGCUCCGACCAGAAGCUCCUCUUUGACUGUAUUAGUGAAGUACUUGCUGAUGUCUGUCAAAACUUUCCCCCAUGGUUCUCAUUUGUAAAACCUUGUUUACGAUCGGACUAUCUCGUUGAGGUUUGUGAAGGAGUAUAUUGGCAUCUCCUUCCACUGCCACAGCCUCUUACAUUGGACCACCUUGUCACGAAGGACAUGAACAGAACCAGAACAUGGAUAAACAUUCAUUCUGAUGCUGAAUCUAUUGGUACCGAGACAUGUGAUGCCAUAUUCGAUGAUUUGGUGGACAAUACGAUAUUAAGCUGCGUAUGUGAUAGUUCAGAUGACUUGUAAAGAGUUAGUGUUCAUUCAGUAAAAUAAUCAAAACUUGGGACGACCUCCUUUUGAUGAACUCUAAUAUGACUGAGCUGUUGCUAACUUGGUCCCUGAGAUAUGUGUAGAUAUCAACCACAAUCUUAUUAGUUCCAUAGCCAUGGCUUUUCUGGCCUUCCCAACUCGUUCUAGUCGUCAAACUAAUGCCUUCAAUGGAGAAGGUUUAAGACUUCGGUCGUUGUGAAAACAGAGUCAUGUUCGUUUUUUACAGCUGACUAAAAUCGACUUUGGGUCUGGUGCGAUGUUUGCACAGUUGCAGUAAUGGAGGUGGCACCCUCCUUUGUAGAUCUUGUAGAGUUUGGUGUGUUGUAUCAGUUGAGGAAAUCGAUAUCGUGUGGUUUGAUUCAUUGAUUUUUUUUUUUUCCCUUCUCUUUUCUGGUCACUUGUUAGUGUCGUUUACUUUCGCUUUGCUGCUGUAUUAUUUGCAAAGAUUAUGACAAACUGUGAAUUUUGGUUGUGAGAGUUGCUUCUUCUUUUCUUCUUAUAAAUAUGUAAUAAAGGGUGUUCCCUGUUGAUCUC